AUGGCUUCCUCGAAAGUAAUAUUGGAAGACACCUUCACGGUGGCAGCUGUGAACGAGGAGGGUACGGUUUACUCCCGAGUGUCACGAGUUCGGUGUACAGGUGAGGGAGGAGGUCUUAUUAUUACAUCCGACGUUAACACGGGAGAAUUUCCACUUCACUCCGGCGACCGGUUGACCAUAAUUUUGACAGAUUCCAUCGAGCUGUCUGAACAAGCAGGCUCUAAGCACUACGACCAGAGUGUAUACCAUCGCUCCACGCGCCUAGACGAUUGUGAUUAUGCCAUGCACGGCCGCGUGUACAGCAUGGAAGUUAACGAAAGUAGCUUGGACGUGACGGUUCAUAUCAGUUGCGGCGGACUGCUAACGCAGAUUGUCGGAAAACCCCAGAGUCUUAAAGACGUUCAUUAUAAUAGCGACGUCUAUAUCUUGAUGAAACGCCCCGGAAGUUAG